UAAGUAGUUGUGAUAAAUAUGUGCUUGCACAAAAAUCGUUAAAAAAAUGUAACUACUCAUUUUAAACUGUUUAGUGCUAGUACUAUAAAAAAACCAUAGCAGUUGAUUAAUUAAUUUAGAAUUAAAGAUGUUGGGUUCGAGAUAAAUGCACAGUGAAUAAUGAAAAAAAUUACACUCCUUAUGAUCAUUAUUUGCUUUGAACGAAAUCUCUCUUACAAAGUGAUGUAUAAUGGCAACAACAACGUAACUGACCUGGUCGAGUACGUUUUACUAAACGAAGAUAACCCUUGCGCAAGAAAAUGUGUCAAAGAUUCGGUACCAAUGACAUGCAGGUACACUUUCCUAUUGGAAUGGUACCACACAUUGAGCAAAGCUUGUUACGACUGUCCAUACAACACCCAAGACUGUUAUCGGGAGGACUGUAUACCGGGUGAUGGCAAUAAACGAUCUAUUAUUGUCGUAAACCGGAAAAUGCCAGGACCUAGCAUUGAGGUUUGUCUAGGCGACGAAGUGAUAAUUGACGUAGUAAACCGCUUAUCGAGUGAUAGUACCACGAUCCACUGGCACGGCCACCAUCAAAAAAACAGCCCUUACAUGGACGGAGUACCAUUCGUAACCCAAUGUCCCAUCCACCCAGGAAUGACCUUCCGGUACCACUUCAACGUCCACAAUUCCGGAACUCACUUCUGGCACUCUCAUUCAGGUUUCCAAAGAUCCGAUGGUACUUUUGGUCCUUUUAUUGUGCGAGUACCCGAAGAAGAAAACCCACAUGCGAAUCUUUACGAUUAUGACUUGUCAAGUCAUGUUAUAACGAUUUUAGACUGGACCAAAGAGGAUGGUACUGAUAAAUUCAUGUCCCAUAUUCACAACGACGGUGAUAACAAACCCGACACCAUUCUUGUUAAUGGGUUUGGAAGAUUUAAACAUUUUGUUAGUGAAGAUAACAGUACCGUUUUUGUACCAACGGCGCGGUUUACAGUUGAACAGGGUUACAGAUAUCGGUUCCGUGUGAUCAAUGCUGGGUUCUUGAACUGUCCCAUAGAAGUGUCCAUCGAUAAUCACACUCUAAAUGUGAUUAGUACCGAUGGUAGUGAUUUUAAUGCGACUGAAGUCAAAAGUUUGGUGACUUAUGCUGGCGAAAGGUUUGAUUUUAUCGUGAAUGCUGAUCGAGCAAAAGACGUGUAUUGGAUGCACUUUAAAGGUUUAAUGGACUGUGACGAACGUUUCACUAAAGCUUAUCAAGUAGCAGUACUCGAAUAUAAAGGUGCGGAAGCCUCUUAUCCCUCAUAUGAACCUACUUAUGACAAUUCGAAAAAAGAGGGCAAACAAUUGAAUCCCCUUAAUAGAGGUACAGAAGCCGACAAUUCAAGUUUUGUUACACUACCUCAGCUUCACUCAUUGGAUGAGUGGGACGACACUCUCAAGGAAAAAGCCGAUUUCCAGUAUUACGUUUCUUACGAUUUUUACAAAAUGAAUCAUCCUGUAUACCACAAAGACCCACACUAUGGUUUCCAUAAUGUCACAAAUGCAAGUGUACAAAUUUUGACACCACAAUUAAAUUACAUUUCGAUGAAACUCCAAUCGUUCCCCUUGUUAUCACAGAGACACCAAAUCGAUGAAAACAUGUUUUGUAACGAAUCUUCGGUCAACGAUUGUCAAAAUAACUAUUGUGAAUGUACCCACGUGGUUAAUAUUCCUUUAGGCACAGUUAUUGAAAUGGUACUCAUUGAUAAAGGGUACGCUUAUGAUGCUAAUCACCCUUUCCACCUCCACGGUCAUUCCUUCCGUGUAGUGGCAAUGGAACGUCUAGGGUCACACGUCAACGUUUCCGAAAUUUUAAAAAUGGAUCAAAAAGGACAAAUCCACAGAAAUUUGGUAGAUGCUCCGCUCAAAGACACUGUGACUGUCCCAGAUGGUGGAUUUACGAUUAUCAGAUUUAAAGCAACCAAUCCGGGUUAUUGGUUGUUCCAUUGCCAUAUCGAGUUUCAUGUCGAGGUCGGUAUGGCUCUUGUUUUCAAGAUCGGGAAAGAUCAUGAAAUGCCGCCGAUUCCCAAAGACUUCCCCAAAUGUGGUGAUUAUGUCCCAAAUGGAAAUAGUACAGAGGACUGCGUUGGCGAAAGCACUUUUGGGGCAAUCUUGAAGAAAUUAUUACCGAAAGUAUACGAGGAUUAUUGUCCGACUUCAAAUCGUAGCAGUGUGAAAAUGGUUCAAUUGGGUACUUUAGUACCAUUGAUACUGUUCAUGUUGUGGGGUUGAUGUUGAGUUAGUGCGGAACUUGGUAACCAAUGUGAUACUUGUUAGGAUGUAAUUGUUAAAUUAUUAAAUAUUUUAGAUAAAAAAAA